AAAUUAAGAUUUGGCUUAAAAAAAGACAAAUUGUUCAUGUUCUUCAUUGGCAACGGGGGAAUAGAAAAUAAACUAUAUCUAGGUUGCAUCAGAAGAUAAAUAAAUAAAUAAGACAUGGCUGACAGAACAGCUCCAAAUUAUCACCUGCGGCUGGAGUGGGUCUAUGGCUACCGAGGACAUCAAUGUCGCAACAACCUGUACUACACCGCGGCCAAGGAGAUUGUCUAUUUUGUUGCCGGUGUCGGAGUAGUUUAUAACACCAGGGAACAUAAGCAGAAAUUCUACCUGGGACACAACGAUGACAUAAUCAGUUUAGCUUUACAUCCUGAGCAAGUAUUGGUGGCAACAGGGCAAGUUGGGAAGGAACCCUAUAUCUGUGUGUGGGAUUCCUACACAGUGCAGACUGUCUCAAUUUUAAAAGAUGUCCACACACAUGGAAUAGCCUGCCUGGCAUUUGAUGUUGAUGGACAGUGUUUAGUGUCUGUAGGUUUGGAUUCUAAAAACACAAUGUGUGUGUGGGAUUGGAGACGAGGAAAAGUGCUGGCUACAGCUCCAGGCCACACAGAUAGGAUAUUUGACAUCUCUUGGGAUUUGUACCAACCUAGUAAACUAGUAAGCUGUGGGGUUAAGCACAUCAAGUUUUGGAGUAUAUGUGGCAAUGCUUUGACCCCGAAACGUGGUGUUUUUGGCAAGACCGGGGAUCUGCAGACAAUAUUGUGCCUGGCCUGUGCAAGAGAUGAAGUCACUUAUUCUGGUGCACUCAAUGGGGAUAUAUAUGUGUGGAAGGGAAUUAAUCUUGCUCGAACAGUGCAAGGUGCCCAUGGGUCAGGAAUUUUCAGCAUGAAUGCUUGCGAGGAAGGAUUUGCCACAGGGGGGCGAGAUGGCUGUGUUCGCCUGUGGGAUUUAAAUUUCAAACCAAUUACUGUGAUUGAUCUCAGGGAAACAGACCAAGGAUAUAAAGGUCUCUCGGUGAGGAGUGUGUGCUGGAGAGGCGAUCAUAUCCUGGUGGGUACGCAGGAUAGCGAGAUAUUUGAGGUUGUGGUUCACGAACGGAACAAGCCCUUCCUGAUUAUGCAGGGCCACUGCGAGGGGGAGCUGUGGGCCCUGGCUGUUCAUCCCACAAAGCCUUUAGCAAUGACAGGGAGCGAUGACCGAUCUGUGAGGAUAUGGAGUCUCAUUGACCAUGCAUUGAUUGCCCGCUGUAAUAUGGAAGAACCCAUUCGCUGUGCUGCUGUGAGUACAGAUGGUAUCCAUCUUGCUCUUGGAAUGAAGGACGGUUCUUUUACUGUGUUGCGGGUCAGAGACAUGACUGAGGUCGUUCAUGUCAAGGACAGAAAGGAGGCCAUUCAUGAGUUAAAAUAUUCCCCUGAUGGGGCGCAUCUGGCUGUGGGCUCCAAUGAGAACUCGGUGGAUAUUUAUGGAGUUGUACAGCGCUACAAGAAAGUGGGAGAGUGUGUUGGCUCUACUAGUUUCAUAACCCAUAUGGACUGGUCUACAGACAGCAAAUAUUUGCAAACCAAUGACGGAAAUGGAAAAAGACUCUUAUACAAAAUGCCAAGUGGUAAGGAGGUCACUAAUAAAGAAGAGUUCAAACUCGUACAGUGGUCCACCUGGACCUGCUCACUGGGUCCAGAAGUGAAUGGAAUAUGGCCUAAAUAUUCGGAUAUUAAUGAUAUUAAUUCAGUAGAUGCAAACUUUAAUAAUCAAGUUUUAGUCACUGCCGACGACUAUGGAUUAGUAAAACUUUUUCGAUAUCCUUGUUUAAAGAAAGGCGCAAAGUUUAAAAAAUAUUUAGGUCAUUCAGCUCAUAUAACAAAUGCCAGGUGGUCACAUGAUUAUCAGUGGGUUAUUACUAUUGGUGGAGCCGAUCAUUCUGUAUUCCAGUGGAAGUUUAUCCCAGAAAGAAAAUCUAAAGAUGCUCUUCAUAUAGCACCUCAAGAAACCUUAACAGAAUCCCACAGUGAAGAAUCGGAUUCGGAUCAGUCAGAUGUGCCAGAGAUGGACUCCGAAAUUGAGCAGGAAACCCAGCUCACUUAUCGACGACAGGUUUACAAAGAAGAUCUACCUCAGCUUAAAGAGCAAUGCAAAGAAAAACAGAGAGCAUCUGCAACAAAGAAAAGGGUGAGCCCUCCGAGCAGCAGCGUUCGACUGCACUUCAUCCACGGGUACAGGGGUUAUGACUGCAGGAGCAACCUCUUUUACACCCAGACUGGGGAGAUUGUGUACCACGUGGCUGGAGUGGGAGUGGUGUACAAUCGACAGCAGAACACACAGCGCUUCUACCUGGGACACGAUGAUGACAUCCUGUGUUUAGCCAUUCACCCGCUGAAGGACUAUGUGGCAACAGGCCAGGUGGGACGAGAUUCCUCCAUUCAUAUAUGGGACUCUGAGAUGCUGAAAACCUUGUCAGUAUUAAAAGGGCACCACCAGUAUGGAGUUUGUGCUGUUGAUUUCUCAGCGGAUGGUAAGCGCUUGGCUUCGGUGGGACUCGAUGACAAUCACACUAUUGUUCUGUGGGACUGGAGAAAGGGAGAAAAACAAUCAGCAAUCAGGGGAAGCAAAGACAAAAUCUUUGUCAUCAAGAUCAAUCCAUACAUGCCAGAGAAGCUCAUUACAGCAGGAAUAAAGCAUAUCAAAUUCUGGCACAAAGCAGGUGGAGGUCUUAUUGGGAGGAAAGGAAACAUGGGGAAGACUGAAACAAUGAUGUGUGCUGUGUAUGGCUGGACAGAGGAGAUGGUCUUCUCAGGAACCUCAACUGGGGACAUAUGCAUCUGGAAAGACAUGUAUCUGAUUAAAACCAUCAAGGCCCACGAUGGGCCUGUCUUCAGCAUGCAUGCCUUGGAGAAAGGGUUUGUGACGGGCGGGAAGGACGGAGUUGUGGCUCUCUGGGACGACACCUUUGAGCAUUGCCUCAAAACCUACGCCGUCAAGCGAGCUGUGCUUGCACCUGGUUCCAAAGGCCUGUUGCUGGAAGACAACCCUUCCAUCCGUGCCAUAUCAUUAGGUCAUGGCCAUAUUUUAGUGGGUACAAAGAACGGAGAAAUCCUAGAAGUUGAUAAAAGUGGACCAAUAACCCUACUGGUUCAGGGUCACAUGGAGGGGGAAGUGUGGGGCCUGGCCACUCAUCCUCAUUUACCGAUCUGUGCCACUGUCAGUGAUGAUAAAACCCUUCGUAUAUGGGACCUCUCCCCAAGCCACUGCAUGCUAGCGGUUCGAAAGCUCAAGAAGGGAGGCCGGUGCUGCUGCUUCUCACCCGAUGGGAAGGCUCUGGCUGUUGGACUCAACGAUGGAAGUUUUCUCAUAGUAAACGCAGACACACUUGAAGAUCUCGUCUCUUUUCACCACAGAAAGGAUGUCAUUUCAGAUAUUCGGUUUUCUCCAGGUGCUGGUAAAUACCUUGCCGUGGCUUCCUGUGACAGCUUUGUGGAUAUUUACAACGUAAUGAGCAGCAAGCGUGUCGGAGUCUGUAAAGGGUCACAGAGCUACAUAACUCACCUGGACUGGGACAAGAGAGGGAAGCUGCUACAGGUAAACACUGGUGCUAAAGAGCAGUUAUUCUUUGAAGCUCCCCGUGGAAAGAAGCAGACUAUUCCUGUAUCUGAGACAGAGAAGAUUGAUUGGUCCUCUUGGAGCUGUGUUCUGGGGCCUUCGUGUGAGGGGAUCUGGCCUGUGGUCAGUGAUGUCACAGAGGUGACUGCUUCCUCUUUAUCAAGUGAUGGAAAGGUCCUGGCCACAGGGGAUGACUUUGGAUAUGUGAAGCUGUUUCGAUACCCAGUUAAGGGGAAAUUUGGGAAGUUCAAAAGAUAUGUUGCUCACAGCACCCAUGUAACUAACGUGCGGUGGACACAUGACGAUGCUCUGCUGGUGACUGCUGGGGGGGCAGACACCUCGCUGAUGAUCUGGACACAUGAAGCGGAGGGACACAGAGACACCAGACAGUGUGACAGUGAGGAGUCAGACAUAGAGUCGGAAAAUGAUGGAGGUUAUGACAGCGAUGUGACAAGGGAAAAUGAAAUGAAUUAUACCAUCAAGGCCUUAUCAACAAAUGUCCGGCAGAUGUUGGGAAUUAAACCCCAUCUGCAACAAAAGGAGCCAUCUGUGGAUGAAAGACCACCUGUAAGUAGGGCGCUGCCACAGCCUGAGAAACUGCAGACAAAUAACGUGGGCAAAAAGAAGAGGCAGAUUGAAGAUCUGGUCUUGGAACUUGUGUUUGGCUACCGAGGAAAUGACUGUCGUAACAACGUCCACUAUUUAAAUGAAGGAGCUGACAUCAUUUACCACACAGCAGCUGUGGGGAUUGUAUUUAACCUUUCCACAGCUUCUCAGAGCUUUUACACGGAGCAUACUGAUGACAUUCUGUGCCUGACUAUAAAUCAACAUCCAAAAUUCCCUAAUGUGGUGGCAACUGGCCAAGUAGGAGACUCUGGAGACAUGUCAGUCACUUCACCAUCUAUUCAUGUGUGGGACGCCAUGAACAAGCAGACCCUGUCAGUGCUGCGCUGCUUCCACUCCCAGGGAGUCUGUUCAGUCAGCUUCAGCGCCACAGGGAAGCUCCUGCUGUCUGUGGGACUUGAUCUAGAGCACACCAUUACUAUCUGGAAGUGGCAAGAAGGAGCCAAAAUUGCAAGCAGGGUUGGCCAUACCCAGCGUGUAUUUGUGGCUGAAUUUAGACCAGACUCUGACACCCAGUUUGUGUCAGUGGGUAUAAAACACGUUCGCUUCUGGACACUGGCAGGGAGGGCUCUUCUCAGUAAAAAAGGCGUACUGAGCUCCAUUGAAGAUGCCAGGAUGCAAACCAUGCUCUCUGUAGCAUUUGGAGCUAAUAACUUGACAUUUACAGGUACCAUAAGUGGAGAUGUGUGUGUUUGGAAGGAACACAUUCUAAUUCGAAUUGUGGCCAAAGCCCACACAGGCCCAGUGUUCACCAUGUAUACCACUCUGAGAGAUGGGCUGAUAGUAACUGGAGGCAAAGAGAGGCCGUCAAAGGAUGGCGGUGCUUUAAAACUGUGGGACCAGGAGUUAAAGCGCUGCCGAGCUUUCAGACUGGAGACUGGCCAGAUCAUAGACUGUGUUCGCUCAGUCUGCAGAGGGAAAGGAAAAAUCCUUGUUGGAACAAGAAAUGCAGAGAUCAUUGAGGUGGGGGAGAAGAACGCAGCGUGUAACAUUUUGGUUAGUGGCCACAUGGACGGCCCGAUCUGGGGACUGGGCACUCACCCGUCCAGGGAUGUCUUCCUGUCUGCUGCAGAGGACGGGACUGUAAGACUGUGGGACAUUCCUGAAAAGAAGAUGCUCAACAAAGUGAACCUGGGACAUGCUGCGCGCACUGUGAGCUACAGCCCUGAAGGAGAUAUGGUGGCAAUUGGCAUGAAAAACGGAGAGUUUAUUAUAUUGCUCGUCGCAUCACUCAAGAUUUGGGGGAAAAAGAGAGACCGGAGGUCUUCAAUUCAAGACAUAAGGUUUAGUCCAAGUUGUCGCUACCUUGCUGUGGGCUCUAAUGAGAAUGCUGUGGAUUUUUAUGACCUUACUUUGGGUCCAGCCCUGAACAGGAUUAACUGUUGCAGAGACAUUCCACAUUUCGUGAUGCAGAUGGAUUUUUCAGCAGACAGCAAUUUUAUUCAGGUAUCGACUGGAGCCUACAAACGACUAGUAUAUGAGGUGCCAUCAGGAAAGCAAGUUACAGAUCAGAUGGUAAUUGACAGAACUACAUGGGCCACAUGGACAAGUGUCCUCGGAGAUGAGGUGGUUGGAAUCUGGUCUCGCACCACAGACAAAGCCGAUGUAACCUGUGCCUGUGUCUCCCAUUCUGGCCUCAACGUCGUCACAGGCGAUGACUUUGGAAUGGUAAAGCUGUUUGACUUUCCAUGUCCAGAAAAGUUUGCUAAACAUAAAAGGUUUCUUGGUCACGCUGCACAUUUAACAAAUAUACGUUUUACUAGCGGAGACCGCUAUGUUAUCAGCGCUGGAGGGGAUGAUCGGAGCCUGUUUGUAUGGAGAUGUGUGCACGCUCCUCACUGAAGCAGUGUCGAUGCUACAGGAAGCAGGGGCUGCAUGGGAAAUGUCUGCACGACAGAACUGCAAGUCGAAGUCCCCUUGGUGAACUGCAUGUAUCUAGAAGGCAAAACAGCAAUCAGGCAGCUUGUAAUUUUAAUGACUAGACACCCUCACUGCCCAAUAAAAUACAUUUUCAGUUAACAAAUAGAUAGAAAAAUGUGUGCAGAUCUUUAAGACUGAGUGUCAUUUUUGCUAUAGCAUAUUUGAGAAUGCUUUCAGGACCUUGUUUCUGUGGAAUCAAACACGCAUAAGAUCCAAAAUGUUCCACAGGUAGACUUUUACCCAGGAUAGCUAUAGGGAAAAUCAUUUGUCAAUAAUAAAUUAAAUAUGGCUUAAUGAUCCCUAUUUUGCCACAGGAAACCAACCUGGAUGGCUAGCUGCCUUUUCAUGCAAUCUUAUCUUUUUAAUUAUUAUUAUUAUUGUUGUUUUUUAUAUUUAGAAUUAAGUGGAAUAUAUAUUUUUUUUUAGCCAGUGAGUCACAAUUAAAAAUAAUGCCAUGUGUAAUAUGCUUAGCAAACAUGACUAGCCUUAAACUUUUUUGUGAACUUCUGUAAGAUUGAUGUGAAGUUUUUUGGUUUGUUUUGUAUUUUGUUUGUUUUCUAUUUUUUUGUUUUUUGCUUCUGAGUGUUAUAAAUGAAAAGCAUUAUCCUGUGGCCUUGUUCCUGAAUGUACCAUCCGAGUAAUAUUCUGGAUGUCAGCAUGCCAAAGCAUACUAUGCACUAUAUACCUGUACCAAUCACUGUGGUUACCCCAACAGUUUGGUUAACAUUGUACUUGUGCCGUUGACCAUUUUGACCCAACACAUCCUUAAAAGUACUGAACUUCACAUAUGUGAUCCUGUAAUGUGUACUGUACAGUGAACCUGUAUGUAUGUUUGUGUGUGCGUGCAUGGCUUGAAACAACAUCAUUGGACAAUCCUUCUCAAACAAGAAAAGGAAGUUAGGAACCCAACGUUCUACUGUUUUGUUUGUUCUAGGAUCACUAUUUUAAAGUGUGCUGCUAAAACAUUUUCUUAAUCAGAUUAUCAAAAUGUUAAGAAAAACUACAAAGUAUUGUACUGUAACUUUUUUUUUUUUUUAAACUAUCUUUAUAAACAUAAGGAGCAGAUGCAUUGCUCAAAAAGAAUGUUUUAUGAAGAACAGUUAAGCAAAUUACAGACUUAUUAAAACUGGCAAUAUGCAAAAAAAAAUAAUAAAGAAUGUUCUUCCUUAUUUUAGGAUUCAUUUUGUACUUUUGUUUCAUAGUUGCAAGUGUUUAUGAAUAUUAUAGCUUUCCUGAUUUAUCAAUGUAAAUAUCAUUUGUAAAAAUGUUUUUUGUAUAUUUUUGUGAAAUGUUUCUUAAAACAAACUUUAAUUAAAAAAAAACUGAUAA